GUUUAGCAUACGACAUGCAGAUUCGGCACGGCCUGUGCAUCGCACGAGUCACCUAGUUGUCGCGCCUAUUGUCCGCUGGGUGAGCCACCAUUACCUCACACUAUCAAUAUUGGGCUACAAUGAACCUCAAGGUCCCCUUUUGGGGAAUAGAGGGGGUAUAAAUACAAGAAGAGGCAACAAUAACAUGCAGUCGACGCCGAUACUCGUGCCAAAAUGAAUGCGCCCCUUGCACUCUUGCUGUGUUGUGUUGUUGGAAGUGCCGUAGGGUACUACGCGCAGCCAAACGCACCCUACAACAUCGGGCCGAACGAUCCGUUCGCGGUUGACGUCAACCAUAACUUCCUCGAGCAACCUUCGCAACGGCUGUUCUGGGGCAGCAGCCAAGGCAGCAACCAGGUCGGCGGCACCGGUUUCUGGAACCACCUCACCAACAAGUUCCCGUUCCUAGGAAACAUGUUCGGUCGGAUGGAGCUGCCCACGCAGUACGGUCCUCCUUCAUUCAAUAACUACGACUACCAGUACAGCGCGCCUGGCUACCAAUCGUACAACCCAUACCACCAAGCGCAGCCGCAGUUCAACCAGGUGCACCCACAGUUCAACCAUUUGCAGCCUCAAUUCAACCAAGUACCACCCCAGUACCCCCAGCAGUUCUCCCGUCAGUACCCUCGGAACUUCCCAGCGGGCCGCGAUGUGGCUAUAACUGAUGACGCAGUGAUAGUGACUCCUCCGCACGUGCCGAUAGCGCCGCCUGCGCCAGCGCCGGCCCCGGUGGAGCCCGCUGAGGGCGGCUACCAGUAUAACAAGCCGCAGUACAGACUCGAAUUACCCCAUAAGUAAAGUUCACACCAAAUUCCUAGGAAACCAUUGAUGAGACUUUAAUUUAAUAUUAUUGCAAAU